AUGGCUGGGAUCCUGAUGCUGCCACCAAGAUCCGUUCCGAUGCCGAGGAGAGAGCCUCUCAUGGCCACCAUGACACCCUCGCCGCCCGAGCUCCCACCAGCAGUACACAACCGGUUGACGGGAUUCAUAGUCCUUCCAAAGACAUUAUUGACGCUGUCGAGACUUGAAAGCGUCUGUGGCACGUUGGUCUUAGCCACCACGACUGCCCCCAACGACAAUAGGAGAUCCACCAGAGGCUUGAAGCACAAGGAUGCCAAACCCGUGGAGCUAUCGACUCCCUUGAUGUCGAAAGUAUCCUUGACACUGACCGGCAAGCCGUGCAAAGGGCCCAGAGGCAUCCCGUGCUCCUCCAUGUACCGGUCCAGAAACCGCGCUCGCUCUGCCGCUUGCGCAAACAAAGGCUCAGUCAAGCAGUUUGUCAACUGA